AUGAGUCGUUUCGAAAAAUUUGAAAGAGCACACGUUUUGAAAAGCUUCUCUCAGGAUAAAAGACGUCUUCAGAUCCACCAAGUGAUCGUCACCGAGCAGAAUGUGGCCAAAAUGCUGAUCGACACCCGAGGCGCGCUCCCCAGCCGCACCCAUUUUCUGCCCCUUGACCGUAUCGAAGCCAGAACGUUGCCCGCGAAAACGGUCGCCGAGGCGAAGAAAAUUGCGCAAAGCUACGGCGAGGAAUGCUGGCUGGCCACCGAGCUGAUCCGUCACGACAAUUCGCCCGGGCUGGAGAAGGCCUUCCAGACGGUGUUCGGAUCGAUCAUCAUCUGCGAAUCGUCGAAAGUCGCCGAGAAAAUCACCUAUGGCAACCUGCGUGCGACCACCGUGACACUUGAAGGCGACAAGUACACCUCUGUCGGAACGGCUUCUGGAGGUUUCCGCGGCGACAAAAGCAACAACUACCUCCGACUCGCGAAGGCAUACCGACAAUGGAAGUCGGAGUCUGCCCAAAAACACGCCUUGAUCAAGACACUGAAGGCUGAAAUCGAGGCCCUGAACCAAGCCAAGGCCGAUGCUGACCAGCUGAAUCUUCGCAUCAACUCCAUUGACGGCCGCUUGGACUUGCUGCAACUGUCUAUCGACAACAACCCGAGGGAGAUGCUCGCCAACGAUUUGCAGCGCAUCGAUGCCGAACUCGCUGAAAUUGACGAACGCAGUGCCCAGGCGGCCCCCCGGGUCAAAGAACUGGAGACCAAACUGACCGACGCCGAGAAGCGCAAAAAGAACGCCAAGCAGUUCAGGGAAGACGAAGAAAAGAAGGCCAAACAAGAGCUGAAGGCCGCACAGGAGGCCUUGGCUGCGCUGGGUGAUGAGGUGCAGCGCAGCAAAGCGGCCUUGGCACAAAAGCGAGCCGACGUCACCGAGUCCGAAAAAGCCAUCUCCGAGGCGCAGGAAAGCAUCAAGAAGCUCCAGGAUGACUUCGAAGAAAUUAAAAGGGAGAUAGCUGCGAAGGACUUGGAACAAAAGGCGGUGAAGGCCGAAUUCGACGCUGUAAAAAGCCGACUGGAAGAUUUGCGCGGCGAGAAGCGAAAGAAGGAAGAAGAGUUGAGGGAAAUUAAAAAGCAGGGUGAAGAGGCCAGAAAGGAAUCCAUUGCUGAAGCAGAGCGGUGCAAAGAAUUGAAAGAGAAAUAUUCGCACUACAAAGAGCAGGCCUCGAACAUGGCAAAGCAAUAUCAGCACGCCAUGCGCGAGUAUCGAUGGCUCGCCGAUGUUGAAGAUCAGUUGGCUGUCAAGGGCACCGAUUUUGAAUUCCCCUCUGGCUUCACGGCUGACAAGGGCAAAAAAGACGUCGACGAUCUGAAGGAGCGCCAGGAUAAACUGAGCCGCAACCUGAACGUGAAGGCGAUGAACCUGCUGGCGCAGGCUGAAGAUAGUGUGAUGACGCUGCUGAAGAAAAAGGAGACCCUCUACAAGGACCGAAAGACUCUUCAAGAAACGAUCCACAAAUUGGACGAGAAGCGGAAGGAAGAGAUCAGCAAGGCCUACCAUCAAGUUACAAAGGACAUGAGCAGUAUCUUCUCGACACUUCUCGUCAACGCCGACGCCAAGCUUGAGCCGCCAGCGGGGAUGACCGAGCACCAGGGGCUGGAGAUCAAAGUCGCUUUCCAGGGCAAAUGGAAGGAGAGCUUGACCGAGCUCUCUGGAGGUCAAAAAUCUCUGGUCGCUCUCUCGCUCGUGCUGGCCAUGUUGAAGUUCAAGCCGGCUCCGCUCUACAUCCUCGAUGAGGUUGAUGCGGCCCUCGACAUCUCGCACACCCAAAACAUUGGGCUGAUGAUCAAGAAGCACUUCACCAACAGCCAGUUCAUUAUCGUCUCCCUGAAGGAGGGCAUGUUCAACAACGCCAACGUGCUGUUCCGGACAAGCUUCGCGGAGGGCACGUCGCGCGUCGACCGCUUCGCCAGCAAGAAC